AUGGACGUCGUGGAGCUACCUUCAACUCGUUGUGGAGAUUCGAUCACCUCUGGAUCCGCCUCGGAUUCUCAGUCCGCGUCGGGUUCGGCCGUUCUGUCCAGCUCGAACAAGAGCACUGGCACUGGCGCGUCGUCAGAAGGUCCACACAUCACCUUCCGCUAUCAGCACAUCGAGGACGAGGAAGGCCAUCACUUGAUUGUUGGGCGCGAGGGGAAGCUAACACGUUGUGAGGACGAGCCUAUUCGGACCCCAGGAGCCGUGCAAGGAUUUGGUGUCCUCAUUGCUCUAGAGGAGGACGAUGACGGCAACAUGUCUGUUAGACAAGUCUCGGAGAACUCUACGGACAUAUUGGGCCUCUCACCAGUAUACCUCUUCUCCCUGGAGUGUUUUACCCAGACACUUUCAGAUAGUCAGGCCGACCUGCUGCUGGACAAUGUUCAGUAUCUCAGCGAUAAUGCUCUGACCGCAGAAGAGCAAGCGGAAAACCUUCACGUCUUUAUGCUCAGCGGGUUCGGGGAGCCAGGCAGUGCGUUGCCGGAAGAGGGAUAUCAGGACUACCAACAGCGACGAAACUGGCAUUGCUGGGUAGCAGCACAUCGCCCGGAGAUGAGAGCCCCAGCAAACCUGGAUCCAGCCUCGACCACCAGGAACGCCCUCGAACGAAAUGUUAUUAUUUUGGAGUUCGAGCUCGAGAGGGACCCUUUCAACCCGCUUUACCCCCUACAAAACGCUGGUGAUCGCUUCACGUCGGGCGUGUCAUCUCCGUCAGACGCGUCUGGGUCUACAGACGGCACAAACUCAGGCAGCUCGGGACGCACUUUAGUUUCGUCUGGAUCAGGUACAGGCUCUGCGAGCUCGGAGGAAGCAGUCGGCUCGGCGCACGAAGUGCGUGGCUCUGACGAGUGGAUGCCCAGCCCCGAGGCGAUACUCGAAAGCACGACGAGUCGUUCGAAGCCGCUCAUCGCACUGGAGCGGCUGCGGCGCAAUGGAUCUGACAAUGAGACACCCCCGUCGCCGAUGGGUGGCGGUCUUGCAGCGCGGCGCAGACGGGGGCAGGGUGCGGUCGGCAUGAUGGACGUGUUUGCCGUCAUGGCUCAGAUAAAUGAACAGCUUGACGCGGCGAGCGAUCUCGACACCUUCAUGAAGACUGUCGUCGGCGUCGUGAGGGACCUCACGCAGUUCCACCGUGUGCUUAUAUAUCAAUUCGACGAAUGCUGGAACGGGAAAGUCAUCGCGGAGCUCGUGGACUGGAACAAGACGCAUGACCUGUACAAUGGGCUGCAUUUCCCCGCGGCAGAUAUUCCUGCGCAAGCAAGGCGAUUAUACGCGCUCAACAAAGUACGACUAUUAUACGACCGCGGCCAGCCGACAGCGCGCCUUAUUAUCAGGGGUAAAAAGGAUCUAGAAACACCCCUCGACAUGACUCACUGCUAUCUUCGUGCGAUGAGCCCCAUACACUUGAAGUAUCUCGGCAACAUGGGCGUCCGAGCGUCGAUGUCUGUCUCGAUCAUGGCCUUUGGCCAACUCUGGGGCCUUGUCGCCUGUCACUCGUAUGGUCCAUAUGGCAUGCGGGUGUCGUUCCCUGUACGGCAGAUGCUUCGGCUGCUGAGUCAAUCAAUUUCGCGCAAUGUAGAGCGCCUCAGUCUUGCUCAUCGACUACACACGCGCAAAUUGAUUAAUACCAUGCCUACAGAUCAGAAUCCGUCGGGCUACAUUGUCUCGGAUGCCGACGAUCUGCUUGGGCUGUUCGAUGCCGACUACGGUGUACUUGUCAUUGGAGAAGGCGCUAAGAUUCUCGGCCCAAAUCAGCAUGGGCAGGAGAUCUUGAUAGUUGCGGAGUAUCUGCGCAUGAAGCAGUUUAACACGAUGCAAGUAUCGCAAGCGGUAACAACCGACUAUCCCGACCUGCAACUCUCCACCGGGCUAGAAGUUAUCGCUGGGCUGCUGUAUGUACCGCUUUCGGUCGGCGGCGGGGACUUCAUUGCGUUCCUGCGCAAGGGGCAGCCACGACAGGUGAACUGGGCCGGGCGGCCGUUCCGAGCCGACGAGGAGAAAAGCACUCUCGAGCCACGAAAGUCCUUCAAGUUGUGGUCCGAGACCGUCGCCGGACGGAGCCGUGCGUGGGUGGACGAACACCUUGAGACCGCAGGCGUGCUUGCGCUUGUGUAUGGCAAGUUCAUUGAGGUCUGGAGACAGAAAGAGAGUGUGCUGCACGCGACGAAGUUGACGAACAUUCUACUCUCGAACGCGAGCCACGAGGUGCGAACGCCGCUGAACCACAUUAUCAACUACCUUGAGCUUGCACUCAAUGGCCAGCUGGAUCUGGAGACUCGUGAGAACCUCAGCCAGUCUCAUGCUGCGUCGAAGAGUUUAUUGUUCACGAUCAACGACCUUUUGGACCUCACUCGUCUGGAAAGCGGUGGUGAGACCUCGUUCAGCGAACCGUUUAAUCUCCACAACGUCGUCAGCGAGGCCACACUCGUGUAUAGGAACGAAGCAGCGCGGAGGGGUGUCAACUUCCGGCUGAACCUUGAUAACUGCCCAGAGACUGUUAUAGGCGACGCGAAGAAGAUUCGGACUGUGAUCGCCAACCUGACUGCGAACGCGCUCAAAUACACGCGCGAGGGUGCUGUCACCGUUGAGUGCCGCGCGUUCGAUGAGCCAGAUGGCCUGCGGAAUUCCGACAAUGUCGCGGUCGAGGUCAUUGUUUCUGAUACGGGCUGUGGGAUGUCCCCAGACAAGCUGGAGAGCAUCUUCCGCGAGUUUGAGCAGGUGGAGACACCCGCGUCGACACCACCGCCACAGUCAAAGGGGCUAGGGCUAGGCCUUGCAGUAGUCGCGCGCAUCGUUGAGCAGCUCGGCGGCCAGCUGCGCGUUGACUCGCGCGCGAACGAAGGCAGCCGGUUCUCGCUCCUGAUUCCGUUUUCGACUGCGUUGCAGCAGGACAUCGAUGCAUCCUCGCAGCGAUCGUCGACGCAGAGCCGGGGUUCGCGCGGGACCGAGAUUCAAUCGUUGGUGAACGCGCUGCAGCAGCAUCCACAUCCGAUGAUUGGUAUUCCAUCCCCUGGGCUUGGCAACAAGAACGUUGCCUCGCCGUUGGCGCGCUCGGGUAGGGAAUCGUUGGGCGUGUUGACACCGGACCUGGCAGCGAAGCCCAGCCGGAGCAAGAUGAGAGCCGCAAGUACGCCGGAGACGUCGCCUCCACAGCAGCUGCGGGUACUCGUUGUCGAGGAUAAUGACAUCAAUCGGACUAUCCUGGCCAAACGCUUGACACUUGACGGGCACAUCGUAGUGAACACAACGAACGGACAAGAAGGCUACGAUAUGGUUGAGCAAGAUCGCGAUUUUGACUGCGUUCUCAUGGAUAUACAGAUGCCACUGCUCAACGGAUACGAGGCGACCGAACGAAUACGUGCUCUCGAACAAGAUAGGAAGGGCUCACCACCGAAUCGAUUGUCCUAUCAGCUCAAUGGCCGUCUCCCUAUCUUUGCGGUAUCAGCGUCCCUACAAGAAGCUCAGCGCGACGAGAUGUAUAGUCUUGGCAUCGACGGUUGGAUUUUGAAGCCAAUCGACUUCAAACGGCUGCGGGUGAUCCUGAAAGGCGUCACGGACAUAUCGCAGCGGGAAAAGGACGUGUACACAUCUGGGUGCAGCUGGGAGCUCGGCGGCUGGCUUGCGUCCGCCCACCACAUACUCAGCGGCGAAGAUCCCGCUAGCUCGUGA